AUGACAUCUACGGUCUCCUCCCUACGCUUGACGGCAGCAGUGAAUGUGGUCAAGCGUGCCGAGGGAUUCCCUGUCUCUUCCUCUGACAUCGACGCGAUCCUGUGCGGUAUCAAGACAUACGGCGACGCGUCUCUUUGGCCGCAGAGCGAAUUGGAUGUCGUCCAGGACACGCUCGAGCUCGAGGUUGAGAACUACGUGCCUCAACCUGCCACGCCAACCACUCCGUCGACCAACCCCAUUUGCACCGUGACUGCUUACUCGCAGCUUGCGACUGCUGUCUCGUCGUGCACUGAUCUGCACAUUCAGAACCUCACCGUGCCGGCCAACACGACUCUCGAUCUCUCAAAGGUGAAAGCGAACACCGUUGUUACAUUUGAGGGCCGGACUUUCUGGACGUGGGCCAACGCCUCGUACGAUCUGCUCAAGAUCGGAGGUACGAAUAUCACUGUGCAAGGUGCUGCGUGUUCCGUGCUGGAUGGCAACGGCCCAGCCUGGUGGGACGGCAUCGGAUCGAAUGGCGGAGUACCGAAGCCAGAUCACAUGUUUACUGGGUCGAAGCUCUUUGGAAACAGCGUGAUCAAGAACCUGUAUAUCAAGAACGCGCCCACCCAUGUUUUCUCCAUCUCCGGCGCAUUCGGGUUGGUCAUGAAAGGCAUUGUGAUCGACAUGAAGGAGGGAUAUACCAUAUUACCCACGAACGGGCUCGAGGCUGCGCAUAACACCGAUGGAUUCGAUGUCGCCUCUUCGACCGAUAUGCUCAUCACGAAUAACCUCGUCUACAACCAAGAUGAUUGCAUCGCCAUCACCUCCGGCGGCGGGCUGGUUGCGACAAACAUGUACUGCUCAGGCGGGCACGGACUUUCGAUCGGCUCCAUUGGGGGCAAAAGCAACAACACGGUUGACGGAGUAGUCUUCAGCAAUUCCAAAGUGCUGAACAGCCAGAACGGCGCGCGGAUCAAGUGUAAUUCCGGCACGGCUGGGGUGGUCAAUAAUGUCACGUAUGAGAAUAUUCAGGUCUCGAAUAUCAGCGACUAUGGGAUCGAUAUUCAGCAGGAUUAUCUCAACGGUGGCCCGACUGGUAUCCCUACCGCUGGGGUGAAUAUCACCAAUAUCACGAUGACCAAUAUCCACGGCACUGCUCAACCGGGUGCUCAGAAUUACUAUAUCCUGACUGCUGCGGGGACGACGGAUGCUACAUGGCAUUUCUCUGAUGUCGACAUCACUGGAGAACAGCACUUGUGUGCUCCACCCGUCGGGUUUGAGCUGUUAAGUCAUUGGUCCUUGUAGUAACAUCAGGAUUCAAUC